AUGACUAGUACAGUAAUGACGAGAGAAAAAACUAACAAAAUUCGAUAUUUUGAUAAUGAUGGUUAUAGACAACGAGCAGCUUGUGUAUGUAUUAGAAAUGAUAAUGAAAAUGAGGUAUUGUUAAUAACAAGUCAUCGUGAUGAACAAACAUGGAUUGUGCCUGGUGGAGGUAUUGAGAAAAAUGAAACGGCUUUAGAAGCUGCACAUCGAGAAGUAUUCGAAGAAGCAGGUGUUAAAGGAAAAAUAUUAAGAGAAUUAGGAGUAUUCGAGAAUUGCGAUCGUAAACAUCGCACAACAGUUUAUAUAUUAAAUGUUGAAGAAGAAACUGAUGAUUGGGAAGAUAAACGAUUAAUUGGUCGUCAAAGACGUUGGUUUUGUUUGAAUGAUGCUUAUUUACAUUUAAAAAUUCAUAAACCAUCACAAUUCUGUUAUCUUGAUCGUCUUAUUUAUUCAUCACCAAAUUGUUUACAUCAUUUAAUUAAUGAUUCAAAAUCAUCAAAAUUUAUUAUUGAUGGUGUUGUUGAACAACAGCAAUCAUCUACUUCAUCACCAAAUACUCGUAAAAAACAACAACGUCAACAUAAACAUAGUCACGAUGAACAUAAUUCAUAA